AUGUCUGUUCCAAAUAUUCAUGUCAAUGCCAAAUGGAAGCAAGCUGGUAUCACUGUAGCUGGGGGUCAUGGAAGUGGCAGUGAAUUGAACCAACUCAAUAGUCCCACAGGUCUCUAUGUGGGUGAAGAUCGAACUGUCUAUAUCGCUGACUCAAAAAAUGAUCGCAUAGUAGAGUGGAAAUAUAAUGCUACUAAUGGUCAAGACGGAAAGGGAGUAGGACAUCGAACUAAUCAAUUAGAUGGACCAACAGAUAUCUUUGUCAACAACGACAAUCUCAUCAUUUGUGAUGCAGGAAAUCGACGAGUAACACGAUGGCCUCGUCGAAAUGGUACACGUGGAGAAACAGUUCUCUCGAAUAUCGUGUGUUCAAGGUUGACGAUGGACGAUCAAGAAUUUCUCUACGUCUCUGAUAAUGAAGAGCAUGAUGUCAGACGAUAUCGAGCAGAAGAGACAACAGGGACAGUAGUAGCAGGUGGUAAUGGAAUGGGGAAUCGUCUCUAUCAACUCAAUUUGCCGUCAUACAUCUGUGUUGAUCAACAUUGUUCCCUGUAUGUAUCCGAUAACAGCAAUCAUCGUGUGGUUAAGUGGGCAAAGAAUGCAAAAGAAGGAAUUGUUGUGGCUGGUGAUGAAGGCUAUGGAAAUGAUUUAAUGCAAUUGUCCAAUCCUGACGGAGUAGCGGUCGAUUCAUCAGGUACUGUUUAUGUUGCAGACAAUAACAAUCAUCGAAUUAUGCGUUGGUUCAAGGAUGCAACACAGGGAGAUGUUAUUGUUGGUGGAAACGGCGAAGGAACUGGACCAGUAGGUACUGGAAAAACAGAAUCAGUUAAAGAUCUUGCUAAAGCUAUGAGCCUUCUUUGUGUUGUAACAAAUUGUGGUAAAGGAAUGAAUUAUCAAGCAAUAGGUAAAAGUUUAAAUGGUGUAUGUCAAACUGGUGCUUGGAAUUGUUUUCAUGAGUGA